GAGAUGAGUGUAGAAAAAUGGUCACCAGUUAUGUCAAUUGUGGUAGCAAACGUAGGGAUGGGUUCGGUGAAUGCACUUGUGAAGAAAGCUCUUGAUGGUGGUGUGAACCAUAUGGUCAUUGGUGCUUAUCGACUGGCUAUUUCUGCUUUCAUUUUGGCUCCUCUCGCCUAUUUCUUGGAAAGGAAAAGAAGACCGACGUUAUCGUUUAGGCUAAUGGUAGAUCAUUUCAUCAGCGGUUUGCUUGGGGCAAGUUUGAUGCAGUUUUUCUUUAUGCUUGGUCUCGCGUACACGUCAGCAACUGUUUCGGGUGCGUUUAUAAGCAUGUUGCCUGCAAUUACUUUCGCUUUGUCCCUUAUUUUAAGGAUGGAGAGUGUACAAGAUCUAAAGACCAAAGCAGGAACGUUGAAGGUGCUGGGAACUCUUAUUUGCAUAAGUGGAGCUUUGUUCUUAACAUUCUACAAAGGCCCUCAAAUAUCACACCCUCACUCUCACCCAGAGGCUCUUCACCACAACAACAACAAAGACAAGACCAAUAAUUGGCUUCUUGGAUGUCUCUACGCAACCAUAGGAACCACGUUUCUGUCUCUAUGGAUGCUUUUUCAAGGGACUUUAAACAUUAAGUAUCCUUGCAAAUACACGAGCACUUGUCUCAUGUCGGUUUUCGGCUCAUUCCAAUGUGCUCUCUUGAGUCUUUACAAGAGGAGAGAGGUCAAAGAUUGGGUCAUGGAUGAUAGAUUCGUCAUUUUCGUCAUUAUAUACGCUGGAAUAGUGGGGCAAGCGAUGUCGACAGUAGCAACAUCAUGGUCGAUAAAAAAAGUAGGAGCCGUUUUUGCAUCAACAUUUAGUCCCAUUAUCCUCAUCUCAGCUACGCUGUUCGAUUUCCUCAUCUUACACACUCCUUUGUACCUCGGCAGUGUAAUUGGAUCCGUGGUGGCAGUAACGGGUCUCUACGUGUUCUUGUGGGGUAAGAACAAAGAAAUGAAAGCAGCAGCGACAUUGUGUCCUCCGAUCCAAAACGAAGAUAAAAAUGAUAAAAAUAAUAAUAACAGUAAUAACAAGAGUAACGGGUCUAGGUUACCCGUUUAAUGUACUUUUUUCUUUCCUUUGUUUGUUAUAACUGCAGAGGAUUGAGAGACAAUAAAGAGCAUAGUUUAAUAUAGUUAGAUUAUUCUCGUCAUUAAGUACGUGUGUAAU